AUGGCAACGGCCAUAAAUGCUACUGUCGCUGCAUGGAGUCGUAUCUCCUUACAAUCACAAACUUGUAAUGAAGAUGAAUAUUUUGCGGAACUUGCUGAUGAAUUUUGUGAGAUGACUUGUGACAACAUGCACGAAGGAGAGAAAGAAUGUGUUAAACGAAAUGGAAGAUGUCUUUGUAACGAACCAAAUGUAAGAGAUAAUAAAACUCAACUAUGUGUCCAUCCAGAUGAUUGUUUUAAACCAAAAGCAAAACCAAUAGAAAAUAACUGUAAAAAGUUUGAGGCACCUUCAGCUUCUAUUGAAAAUUGCGAGAAAAAUUGCGAUGGCACACAGCUUUGUCCAAAAGUCGCAGGAGACUGCAUUUGCAUCUUUCCAUAUGAAAGAGAUACUUUCACUUCUGAAUGUAUUCUCCAAGCUGAAUGCUUGAACAGAAAAAAUCAAAGAGCAAUGGAAAAAGAAAAGGAGGAAUUGGAAAAGCAAAAGCAAAAAGAAAAGGAGGAAUUGGAAAAACAAAAGCAAAAAGAACAGGAGGAAUUAGAAAAACAAAAGCAAAAAGAAAAGGAAUUAGAAAUGGAGAAACAAAAGCAAAAAGAAAAGGAGGAAUUAGAAAAGCAAAAGCAAAAAGAACAGGAGGAAUUGGAAAAACAAAAGCAAAAAGAACAGGAGGAAUUAGAAAAACAAAAAAAAGGAAUUAGAAAUGGAAAAACAAAAGCAAAAAGAAAAGGAGGAAUUGGAAAAACAAAAGCAAAAAGAAAAGGAGGAAUUGGAAAAACAAAAGCAAAAAGAACAGGAGGAAUUGGAGAAGCAAAAGCAAAAAGAAAAGGAAGCACUUGA